CGAAAGGUAUGUAAAGAAAUGCACACAUUUAAUACGUGUGUUCAGUCACAGUGUGGAAAAAUUUUCAUCCAAGGAUAUUUCGUUGAAGUGACUGCAAGAUAAUACAUGAUACGUGAAUCUGUUUCUAAGGCAAAUAUUUAAACAUGCACAAAUUAUUUGAAGUUUUACUGUCAUUAACGAUUAUAUUUGUAAUAUUUCCAAGUUUUGCAACAGCUCUGCAACUAGAAGGACUGUCAACAAAAAAACCAAGAAUUACGAAGUAUACAUUAAAACCAACAGUUAGUUCAGCUUCAGCAGUUCCAUCUUCUUUGUCACUUUAUCGAUUGAAUGGAACUAGUGGUGCAACAUGCAUUUUAAUUCAAACCGAUGGUCUUCUUAGUAUUCAAUAUCGUGAUAAGUAUGGCGAGGAUAAGGAAGCUGAUUCAUUCAUGCCAGAUCAAAUGGACAUCUCUGGAGAAUGUUGGGAAGACGAGUCUAAAAUAAUACUUGCCUGGAAGGGGUUUUCUUUAUAUAUAUAUUUUUCAAAGACUCCUGGUGGAGAGAGAUGGUAUGUCAAUAGUAUAGACUUGAUGUAUUCAUCUUCCAACAAUAUUUUCGAGCACAUCGAUCGCCCUGGUCUAGAUGUUAAACUAACCACACCUCCAGGAACCCUGUUGUUUCCAACACCGGUUGGUAAAUCCUAUACAUGCGAUCAGGAAGUUGUCAUUACAAUGUUCUCGCAGGAUGAAAAUGAUAAAGCUGGUCAUUUAGCUAAACUUUAUUUGAGGGAACUGAGGAUGCAAAGUUUCAUGUAUAAAACCUCCAACUUAUGGGGACCAACAUUUCAAUGUAGUGCUACUGGUACGUAUCGUGAUGAAACUGCGCCUAUUGCCGUUGGAUCUACGUUAGCUAUCGCAACUGUGUGCACAGUUGUUGGCUACGGAUUGUGGAGAUAUUUCAAGGUUAAAAAAUUUCAAUACGGAACUAUGGCUUAAGCUGACCGGAAUUCCAUAGAAUACUGUUAGGGUACUAUUAAAUGCGGCCAAAUUCAUAUUGAUCAGUUUCUAUUGAAUUAGGCUCUCGUUGAUAUAUUGACAACAUAUCAUUCUAUUACACAAAGAAACUGGUUAAUUAUUAGCUGUAAUGGCAACGUUACUAUUUCAAAAACAUUAGGCUGGUUCAAUUAAGCUAAAUUUGAUAUUGUUGGUAUCCUUGGUAACUGUGUAAAUUUUGUUUGAUAUUUUUUUCUUUUUUUUAAUGUUAAAUAGUUUUUUCGCUCCAAAACAAAGUUUUGUUCAACCUAUCUGUAAACCAUAUGUGUAACUUUUAGAACCAACUAAUUGGUAUUAUUAGUUAUUUGGCAUGAUAAAUUAUGCUAUUUGUGAAAACCUACAUCAAUUUCUACAUUUGGUUUUUUAAACUUAUGCCACACUAUUGAUUUCUCAGAAUUGUUGCAGUUGAGACUUAGAGAUGCUAAUAUUACAUGAAAUGAAAUUGACAGUGCAAGUUUGAACCAGACUAGUGUACGUACAGAACUAUAUCGUAUCGUCCUAAAUGAAUUCAUUAAAAUUAAAGUACACCACAGUAAGUAAGAGUAAAUAUUUACUGGCUUAGUACGUAAUUGUUGUCAUGGUGCAAAACCUUAAAAUGAGAAACAUUGCAAAAAAUAAGUCUUCCAUUUUCAUUUAAGAAAUGUUAGUAAUAAUAAACCAUGAUGCAUUAGUAUAGUGAAGCUUUACGCAAACGUUUCAAAUUAAAAUUAAAAUAUUCCAUUUUUACGUAAGUCAACAUUGUAAAUAUUAUAAGAUAAUAUUAUCUUCAAAUAUCUGGUGACUGUGUAAUAUACACAAAAAUAAAUCAGUAUUACAGCUAUCAUGUUUCUAUUAUUGUGCACUUUGUAUAAUUAUAUAACUGGAAUAGUUUCGAGUUUGAAGAAUACUUUUACUCUUUCCCAAUUUAAGUGUAAUUAUCGUGAACGGAAGAUAACAAUAUUUAUAAUAAAGUUAUAUCAUGUCAGCUUAA